CGGCUGCACGCGGAGGGAGGCUGCGUCCGAGCGGCGGCUGUGGGGCAGCGAGCAGGCCGCCCGGGCCGCCUGCAGCCCCUCUGGGAUGGAGGUCCUGGACGAGUUCGACAGCGAGUUACCCCAGAGUGUGACCUUCUGUCAGCUCAUCUCCGAGGAGGACUUCGAGAGGCAGGCGGCCACCUACACGGAGCGCGCGCUGCGCCGCCUCUUCCGCAGCAUCGACCGCAACCCCGCGCUGGCCGAGAGGGUGGUGCGCAAGGGCAAGCUGGCCGAGUACCAGGGGCGCGGGCUCCUCUCCUUCCUCUGGGCCAAGUUCUUCUGUGCAGUUCAAGGGGAGCUGAAUUGUUGCAACAGCAUGGGUACCCUGGAGAUGCACCAGCGCCUAGAGCAGCUGAAGAGGGGGAUCCACCGCGUGCACCUCUACUCCCAGGAUGCCAAGAAGAAGAAAAGAAAGCCAAAACUGAAGAAACCAGAACCCAUCCUCUUGAGAGACCGAUCAACCUCCCCAUGCCUGCCACCAGCCCUGCUGCCACCUCCCCCACUGCCGUCACCCGCCACCACCAUGGCCUCCGUGGUGGCCCCAUCGCCUCCCGUCUACACUAUGCCUAGGGUCUUUGGUCCUUUCCCUCCACUGCCCAGCAAGUCGAUGGAGAAGUUGGAGGUUGCAAGGUCAGAAGUGAAACUGAACUGGGCUGGCCUAUCAUCGAACCCAAAGAGACACAUGGUUGAUCUGACCCCCUUGGUCCUCAAUCCCGGAGGCUUCCAUUUCUCGUACCUGGCUGGAAGCAGUGCACACAAGCUCCACUGCCCUGACUUCCCCUGGACCUCGGCUUGUAGUGGCUCCCCCAAGACCGAAGAGACACCACUCUCUCCUGUGAAGGCCUCCAUCUUCACCCCGCCUGUCUUGCUCAAGUUCCAGCCUGUGCCAAGACCCAAGGAUGACUCUGAGAACGACCCCAGCAGCACAGAGUCUGUGCCUCCCAAGAGGGGCCCAUAACCUCUU